CAAAAUUCCUCUACAUUUCUCUUUUCUUUUUUGGUUCCUGUUUCUUAAAUUACAUCACAAAUCACACGCUUUGGUUAAAGAAUUUCGAUAGGCAUGAGGCAGCUGUUUGGCACUUUGGCUAAGUGGGUCGGAUCAGUCCGACCCGUAAAAAAUUUGAGCCAUUACCCAAUCGGCCCCCAUAGUUCUUAGAUCCAACCCAAUAAGGUCUUAUCUUAAUUCGAAAUGUUCCUUUUGAUUUUUGGGCGAGUUGUGUACAACGAAUAGAUCAUACUUUCAACUUUGUUACGUAGGCGUGUGAGUUGCGUACUUUCUAGUUACCAGAAAAUAAUUUCUUCCUAAAAUAUUAUAUAUAUUUAAUUUUCUUCCUCUAUUCGUCUAAAAUCCUUCCAUCCAAGACCAAACAGUUUCUCAUCUCUGUGUUUGUUGAUCAUUCAUUUUCCUCUCUGUGUAACCCAGGAAAUUAAAGGAAGAAAAGCAAUGUUUACAACUAACGAAGUACUGCCUGAAGACUUAAUUAUACAAAUUUUGCUAUGGUUGCCGGUGGUGUCUUUAUUGCGAUUCAAGUGUGUCUGUAAAUCAUGGUGUGCUCUCAUUAAUGGCCAAAACUUCAUCAAUAAGCACCUUCUCCACAACCAGACCACCUCUAACAAGAACAGGAACGCCGGUUUCCUCCUUAUCCAACGCCAAAAAUCUUCCAAUGAUCGUGUUUUCUCCAAGCUUCAAUAUGAAUCUCUUGAAAUAUUGUCAACACAAGCUGUUCCUUCACCGUAUUUUGGUAUUCCUAAGCAUAUACGAAUUAACAUAGUGAGCUCAAUUAAUGGUCUCGUUUGUCUGAAUCUUAACACUGCAAACCCAGAUAUUGUUCUAUGGAAUCCAGCAACAAAUGAAACAAAAGAUAUUGUUCUAUGGAAUCCAGCAACAAAUGAAACAAAAGUUCUUCCCAAGUCCGGUAUAUCCUACCCCCAAGGUAGAACCUUAACUAGAGAUGUUGGGUUUGGUUUCGACUUCAAAACUAAUGACUACAAGGUGGUCAAACUGUUAGAAAUCUUUGACCCAGAUUCUGAAUAUUGCAUCAAUGAUAUAAAUUAUUUUUAUGCAGCUGAGGUAUAUUGCUUAAGUACUGGUUCAUGGAGAACAGUUAGUACUUCUGCGCCCGGUUAUUUUAUGGACUCUGGUUGUUAUAGGACAUACACGAAAGGGAUGUUUUCUUGGAGUGCAAGUAUUCGUGAUGAUCUUGAUUUCUUUCCUGGCAUUUUGUCAUUUGAUAUGAGCAAUGAGGUAUUCCUAACAACAACAUUACCAGAUGGCGAUUUGGAGGAUCCCAAUGGUACUUGGAGAAUUUUUUUUGUGCUUAAGGAAUUGGUUUCUCUAGUUACUUUUGGUAAAGAUAGAGAACGAUUGGAGAAUUGUUUUUAUAUUUGGUCACUGCUUGAAUAUGGUGUUAAGGAGUCUUGGAUUAAGCUAUUCACUAUUGGACCUCUUAUGGGAAUUGAAAAGCCACUAGGAUUUUGGAAGAAUGAAAGCUUGUUUUUGAGAAAUAAUGAGGGGCAAUUGCUCUUGUAUGAUCCCUCGGCCCAAAAAAUUACUAAUCUUCAAGUUGAUGGACGACCGAUGCAGAUGAUUACUUAUGUUGAGAGCCUAAUUUCUCUCAAAAGAGGAAAUGAUCUUGAGGAACAAGGCAAUUCAUAAAAAUGAUUCAAUACUCAUCUAU